AUGCCCAGCCUCAGGUUCCUUGCGCACCGGGUACCCAAAAGCUCUUUCAUCUUCAAAGAUUAUGCAGGCCACCAGAUGGAUGGAUCGUUUCCGGUGUCAUGGAGGCCAAACGAUUUGCGUUUUCACUGGAUCAUGGACGCUCUUGGACACACUCUAGAAACUGCUCAGCAGGUCUCCAAUCGUUGUCAUAUCUCAAACCUCGAGCAGUUGGGCUCGCUCGGCAACAUAAUUGUGGGAGGUGUGACUGGCCAGCCUCUUACAUCCAUUAUGGAGAGCAUCGAACAAGACACCAAACACCGGAUAACUUUAAUGGUUUCUUGGCAUUGGGUUGAAGAUUGCGAUGGUGAGCUAGAAAUCUACUAG